AGGUAAGUUAAACAUCGACAUGUGAUAAUCAAGUUCUGCUGAACAUGGCAAUGUGAAAUGGGGGUAUCUUAUUGUGGUAUCACUUGAUAAUGGAAAUUGAGGGUCAAGAAAUUGCAGAUAAAAGUAAGUUUUCCAAGAGGUCCUCAUUCAAGAAGUCAAAGCAUAAGACUAUUGAACCUAUUCCUGUUGUUAAAGAAAAUGAAAGUAACGGGGAAGCUGAAAUUGCUGCUUCCAAGAAAGAACUGUCUUCUAUAUAUUCACACAGGAAUGAGGAAAACCUUCUCAUCAAACACCGACCAGGCAAGAGGUCUGUAACAUUCAGCAGUGACCCAGUAAGGAUUGAAUAUGCAGCACCUAGGACAUUUACCCGUCACUACAUUAAGUCUAACCACAAAAAGAAGAAAGAUACUAUCCAUAGUGAAGGACUGAUCAUGCUUAUGAAUAACCCAGAAGUCUUACAACGCCUUGAUCAGGAUGCUGCAAAACCUGCUAAACCAGCUGACCAAUCAACUCCUGAUUCAGAUCUAAGCCUCAAGCCUAACUUGAAUGAUCAAAUAAAGAUAAGCUUCUUUAAACCUCCUAUUGCUGGCAGUUACGUUCCCUUAUCCUCAAUUAAAGAUGGUAGUGAUGGUGAAAGCAAUUCUAGUGAAGAGAGUAGUGAGGAAAAUGUUUAUGUUGUGGGUCAGUCAGAGCAUGACGAGGAAUGUUUGAACAUUCUUAGCAAUGGUCUUGACGACGAUGAUGAAGAAGAUGAUAGCUUCUUUAGUAAAUCAAAUCCAUUAAAAGAGACAAACAUUGAUGAUGUUAUUUUCAGUGCAAAAAUGACAGAGGUCAUUGAAAAAUCCUCUCCCAGAAAAUUCAAAGAAACAAGUCUGAUUGAGCUUCCUGCUCCCCCGCCUCCUGCUCCCCUGCCUCUGGAACUUGCACCUGAACAUGAUCCUUCACUUGAUCAUGUACCACCUACUGCUGAAGAAUCAGAGGAAUCAGAGGAAUCGUCCAUGGGAUCUGUUGACAGUGGCAUACACGAAACUGGAACAGAUCAUGAUAGCCCUGCAGAGGAACGCUUGCCAACAGUUUCUACUAAACCAACACCACCGCCAAAACCAUCCACCUCUGCAGGUGAACUGCCCAAAAACAGUGUUGAAAAGUCUUCGCCUGAUGAAAUGUCUGCUUCAACCAAGCCAACCAUUGCACUCAAGCCUAAACCACAAGUCACCCUACGGCACCAAUUGACAACUAAGGAACAAGUUGUCACCAAACCCCAAGUUGUUGCUAAACCUCAGGUUGUUGCCCCUAAACCACAGGUUGUUGCUAAACCGCAGGUUGGUGCAGCUAAACCCCAAGUUGUUGCUAAACCGCAGGUUGUUGCUAAACCACAGGUUGUUGCUAAACCGCAGGUUGGUGCAGCUAAACCACAGGUUGUUGCUAAACCGCAGGUUGUUGCUAAACCACAACUUCAUGUUCCUGCUCAGCCAAGGUGGCAGCGCCCAAUUCCUACCCUGUCCAAACCAUUGCAGCAAGUGUCACCUCAACCUAUACAAGUAGAACAGGAAGAAGAAACUGAUUCAGGAAGUGAAGAAUCUGAAACUAGCAGUAUUAGCAGUGAUGAUAGACCACCCUCACCUGAUGGGCACGAAAUGACCUACCUCCAGUACGAUGAAGAGCCUAUGCUACCCAAAUACAAAAAAGAUAUCCAAAUUGAGAAAAUAGAGGAAGCUCUAAAAAUCGGUCAACCUCCUAAUUCUGAUAACAAUUCCCCUGUUCAAAACAGUGGACCCACACCUCCUAGUGAUUUGCAGAUGAGAGAUGAGUUUGCUCCUAUAUUGAGACCAAAGGCCCCAACACCAGAAAUUCCCAGAACGUCUCUCGAAAAUUUCUUUGGUCCCAAUUCAGAUGGCUCUGUCAGGGAUAGCAGACGUGACAGCAAACGAGAUAGUCAACUAUUAGAAAGACAUGAAAUGGAACAAAAACAACUGAGGGAACUACAGAAGCUAAAGCAAAUAGAAGAGCAACAACUGAAAGACCUUAAGAUGCAGCAAGAGAUAGAAAAACAGAAACUUGUAGCUAUUCAGGCUCAACAACACAUCCAAAGGCAGAUGGAUAUAAAGAGACAGCAAGAAUUGCAACUACAGAUUGAAAGAGAACAACUCCAAGAGUUGCAAAGGCACAGGGAAUUACAGCAGAUCCAAGAAAUGCAAAGGUUGGAACUCAUCAAAAUUCAAGAAGAAGAAAGGAGGCGCGAAGUUGAAGCCCAACGUGAAUACCAACGGCAGGUGGAAGAACAGAAACAAAUGGACACAAAACUUAAUUUGGACAGGGAGAGGGUCGAACAAGAUCGCCAAGCUGAAUUAGAAAGACAUAGAACAGAUGAAUUAGAAAAACAGAAACAACUAGACCUCAUCAAACAAAUUGAAGCUGAAAAACAGAGACAGUUUGAGAAAGACAGGCAAUGGCAAUUAGAAGCUGAAAACUCGAAAUAUGCGCAUCAAGCACAGCAAAGUGCACAGCUAAAUGCUGAUUUCGAGGACAUAGACAGCCUGUUGGAGGGUCUAAUGGAGCUAGAUCCUAUCAUCAGUCAACAGAAACACAAUCAGCAGCAACGACUUCAGCAAUUCGAGGCGGAAUUAAUUAGAAGUCGACAGCGUGAGGAAGAAAAUAAGAGGCUAAGAGAGGAGGAGGAAGCCCGUGGACUGCAGAAAGAAAAAGAGCGCAUUGAGAACUCUAAACUGGAAAAUCAGCGCAUAUCUGCAGAUCAGAAGAAACUAUCUGAUCUGGAGGCCCUCAGAGAGCGCAAGAGGAAAAUGAGAGAAAUGUCAUUGGACGAAGUGUUAAAGUUGCAAAAGGAGAAGAAGAAAGGUUCUCCCACCCCUUCAAUCCGAUCUGAGAGUAUUUCCUACGCUAGCUUGAAAAGGAACUCUAAUGAAUCACUUCACAGUGUUUCUGCUAGUUUAGAUAGAGCUAGUACAGGGCCGCGUAACCAAGGUAACCAGAUGAUAGCACCAAUAUCCCUGCUACAUGAGAUAAUAAACCCCUACACUCAAACUGUACAGGAAGAACCUGCAGAAUCAUCUCGUUCACUACCGGUUAUAGUAGACAACCUGUUGGUGAACUCACCUGAUCUACCACCCAGAACCGAUCUAGGGAACAGCAAACCAUCCUCCUCUCCUAACACAACUUUAAACAGGACAGACACUCCACUCCAUCUAGAUGAUAUAAAGACAAAGUUAGAGCCUUGCAGCGCUACUCCUAGACCCCCAACUGAUAACGCGUCUCCUAACUCGCUAGUAGACCCUUAUAUAGUUACUGCUAAGAUAGAAUCUUACCCUGGCUCGCAGCAGGUAACUCCUGCAUGGUCUCCCAAUACAGUUAAGGCGAAGCAGCAGGAGCAAUGGUUGGAUAUAGACGAUCUGUUAGCAGACGUACAGUCUAUGAUAACGGACAACAGGUCGGGACAGCCUGCAGUACCUCCACGUAUAGUCUCCUCUCCUCGUUCUAUCAACACCUCUACCUCUAGUUACAAUGAAGUGUUCGACGCUCCUCCUCCCCCACUGCCCCCUAAAGUCCCAAGCAGACCCAACUCUCCCAACUCCGUCCAACAACCUCCUCUCCCUGCUAGAACAUUCUCCAGCCCUCCUCUCAGCCCACGCGUUGCUUCACCAGCAGCUCUAAACACACCACCACGCUCCCCUCAAAUACCCACCAGGUCCAACUUAUCGGACUCCGGAAGGAGUAACCCUUCCUCUGAGACGGAGGUUAUUCCGCGCUCUAACUCAGAUGGAGCUCAGUUCAAGAUAUCAGCUUUCCAGAACUUCCAGCCAACACCAAACCCUCACGAGCAAGCCAUUAGAAGGAGGAGCAGUAUUGAAGAUCUUAACCGCAGGACAGAGCAACUCUCUCUACAGAGAAACCAG